AUGGCGAUAACGAGAGAAAUGAGUUUAUGGAGAAUGAUAUUUGUGAUAUCUAUUUACACUUUACAUGUUUCAGCCCAAUAUUUUAAGCUUCGCGGAGCCACACCUUACAGUAGUGUUGGGUCACAGUAUACGAUGUAUUGCAACAUGGAAAGGGGAGGGUACCCUUCAGCGGCAUAUAGGGUACUGUUCAGAAGGGGCGACGAGGAAAUGUGUAGUUUAAACGUCAAGCCAUGUGCUGGAAUAGAGUCUACGGUGUCAGAUUAUUUCUGUUCCUGUUACCAUGGUAAUAAUACCGUCAUGUAUCUGACCAUCCGUGACGUCACAGCAGACGACGAAGCUGAUUGGACGUGUGGUUUAGAAAGAUAUAACCUCAAAAGUGACAAAUUUUCACUUCCGCUUUACUACGGUCCAGGAGACAGUAUAAGCAUUACGCCUCAUACUAUUGAAAAACAUACAGUGAAUGAAGGGAAUUCCUUGGCACCGAUAACCUGUACCGCCCAGUGUAAACCAGAGUGUCAUCUCAAUUGGCGUAAACUUAGGGGUUCCGGUGAUAUCGUAGAUGAUGACGCAACACUCAUUUCUAACGACUCCGUCCUAUAUAUUACCGACGUGUCCAAGUCGGAUGAAGGUCGUUACGUAUGUCAAGCGUCCAAUAUAAUAGACAAGAAUAGUUCCGUUGUGUUUGUACAUGUAAAUGCUAAGCAAGUAUCUACGGGCGAAGAAUCAAGAUUAAGUUUUGGUGUUGGUGUGGGGGUAGGAAUUGUGGUCUGUGCUGUUGUCAUGGUAACUGGUAUGGCUAUUGGAAUCUUCGUUUAUUCAAAAGUUAAAAGUCAUAAUCAAGGUCGAGAAAAUACACGUACAGAAUCUGUUACUAGUUCAAUGGUACCAAUUUACGACGAACCUCACCAACCAAAUAUAUUCAGACCUAGAAAACAAGACUAUAGAAUUAUCAACCAGCCUCAACUUCCAGCUUAUGAGGACCAUAGUUUUGAUUUGUCUCCUUUAUGA